UUAGUGGAAUUGAACUCUUUUCUGUAUUAUUAUUAUUAUUAUUUGAAAACGAACUCUUUUCUUCAUUAGUUCCUUAAAAUUGUAAAAUUUUCAUGUUCCGGUGGUGAGAAAUUUUAUUCUAGAGUUCCAAUUCUUAAAAUACGAGAAAUUAAAAUUUUGAUUCUAGUUUUUUUCCAAACUAAAUAAUUAAAUAUAAAAUUUGCUUUUGUUCCCUCCGGCCUCCGCUAUACCGCUUUAUAAAAUUUGCUUUUGUUCCAUAAUGUCCUCCCUACAAAGGGAGCUCUAGUUCGGCGUGGGGUUGAUCUGGAUAAUGCAUGUCCGUUAUGUUCUCAAGCUUCAGAGUCGCUUCAUCACUUGCUUUUCGUUUGCCCUCAGGUUUCUGCUUUAUGGAUUGAUUUAAUGAGACCUAUGGAUGAUAGUGUGGUGUUUGCGAUGUGGCUGGAUGAUGUGAUUACAGCUGGUCCUAUGGUGAAGGUUCUACGUUGUGUGGCAAACUGUUGGUGUAUAUGGAGGGGAAGAAAUGAUUUGGUUUGGGGUGGCAAGUCAUGGCAGCCUCUACGGAUAAAAAAUGAGGUUAGUCACCUUUUGGAAAGUUGGAAAUGCAUGAUGUCUACUGCUGUUAUGGCGAAUGCUCAGUCCAUGCAGUCGAUUACACGGGUGAUUUUUUUGCUGCAAAAAAUGGUAACUUUCACUGUCACAAUGAUGUUCAUCUAGCUGAAUCAAUGGCGGUGAAGGAGGCCUUGUCGUGGGCUAAAGAUAGAGCGUGGUUGAAAAUCAGGGUCUUGUCAGAUUGUCAGUCAGUGUGCAACCUUAUUAAUGGGUCUUCAUUGGAUCACUCUUACGCUGGCUGUGUGAUUGAUGACUGCAAAGCACUUCAACGACACUUUGAAGUAGUGUCCAUUGGUUUUAUUCCUAGAUCAGUGAACAAGCUUGCCCAUGCUGUUGCUAGGGCUGCUAGUUCUCAACCUGGUCCUAAUGUUUGGUUUUCUUCUAUUCCCAGUUGUAUUUCUCAUUUGGUUUAAUAAAGUUUCGAUGUUCCUUUUCAAAAAAAAAAUAAUGUUGGAUGUGAACAAGUGAAGAACGAUGAGAUUACGAGAGGAAGUAAUUAUUAUGCACUAAUAUGUUAUUCCAAUUCUCAAUCACAGAGUAGUGGAAUGA